AUGGACCACUCUGACCAGAGGCACCCACCUUCAACACACCACAACCACCCGGCAGCAGCCGGAGGAGUCCCAGUGCCUUACUCCUCCGUGGGGCCUGCCGGCCCACACGGAGCUCUGACCGUAACUGUGUCCUCCCCCACGAGCUACCCGGCCCACCUGCAGCCUCCUCCUUUUCAGCACCCCCACCAGCAGCAGCAGCAGCUGCAGGCUUUCUGGGCUGGGCAGAUGCACGAGGUCGACCAGGCAACCGACUUCAAGAACCACAGCCUCCCGCUGGCCCGCAUCAAGAAGAUAAUGAAGGCUGACGAGGACGUGCGGAUGAUCUCUGCUGAGGCCCCCGUCGUGUUCGCCAAGGCCUGCGAGAUGUUCAUCCUCGAGCUCACGCUGCGCGCGUGGAUCCACACGGAGGAGAACAAGCGCCGAACCCUGCAGAAGAACGACAUCGCUGCGGCCAUCUCGAGGACCGACGUGUUCGACUUUCUGGUGGAUAUCAUCCCCAGGGACGAGCUCAAGGAGGACGGCCUCGGGAUCACCAAGGUCCCGCUUGUGGGCCCGCCGGCCGGUGUGGACGGACUCCCGUACUACUAUGUGGGCCCGCAGAGCCCGGGGAUGUACGCGGGGCACGGGCCGGGCCUGCCCUUUGUGCCGUGGGUGAAGGCUGGGGGUGUGCAGCAGGAAGGGCCCGAGGAGGAGGAGGAGGAGGGGGAGCAGCGGCAGCAGAGUGAAGUUUGA